CCCAUUGCUUGUGAGCAAAGCCAUUGUCUAGCAAGGGAAGUUUUUUCCCAUCCAUACAAUGAUCGAUAAUCGAUUGCUUCUGCUCUUACGAAAGUCCAGAUCCGUAGCCCUCAAAUUUUCUCCAUCAAAUUCCACAAGAUGCAAUACAUUUUCCCCACUUUUUCAACUCUCAGUUGAGCCGCAAUCCAGAUUUUGUUCCUCGUUUCAAAGAAUUAUCCCUGGAGCCUCGGUCACACGAAGCUUAGUCGGCCGUGGUUUAAGAUCGUUGCUUCAAAAUGAUAAUAAGAUACAAAUGGAUGAGGUUGACAAACAAGUCUCUUAUUUUUUCCCCCAGAACUUCUGUAAACCCUCAUUCAGAAAUUUCUCCUCUUCGGCAUCUAUUUCUUCUACAAGUACCGGAGGAGUGAAGCUUCUGGUCACUGCUGGGCCCAAAGCUCAGAAAGCAGUUGGUAUUUGGCUUUUUGUAUCUGCUGCUUGGGUCUUCAGUAUGGUGGUACUUGGCGGUGUCACUAGGCUGACUAGAUCCGGCCUUUCAAUGACUGAUUGGAAAUUCACUGGAGGUCUUCCUCCUAUGUCGGAUGAUGAAUGGCUAGUCGAAUUUGAAAAAUACAAGCAAUCACCUGAGUACAAACGGAUAAAUAAAGGGAUGAAUCUUGAUGAUUUUAAGUUCAUAUAUUGGAUGGAGUACGCCCACCGUAUGUGGGGAAGAGCAUUAGGCAUAAUGUUUGCGCUUCCUUUCUCGUACUUCCUCCGAAAAGGAUAUAUUACAGUCGGACUGGGACUUAGGCUCUCUGGACUAUUUGCUCUUGGUGCUGGACAGGGACUAAUUGGGUGGUGGAUGGUCAAGAGUGGUUUAGAGGAACCCCCCUCUGAGUAUACUGAACCACGAGUGAGCCCUUACCGCCUUGCAGCUCAUUUGACAUCAGCAUUUGCUAUUUACACUGGAUUGUUUUGGACUGCUCUUUCCGUUGUUAUGCCCGAACCCCUUGCAGCAGAAUCUAGAGUGUGGGUUCAGGGGGCAGCGAAAGUCAAGCGUAUUGUACUUCCUGUUAGCAUUCUAGUUGGGAUCACCGCUGUAUCGGGAGCAUUUGUUGCUGGCAAUGAUGCAGGCCGUGCCUAUAAUACUUUCCCGAAGAUGGGUGACACAUGGAUUCCGGAUGAUGUAUUGGUCCUGAAACCGCUGAUACGCAAUUUCUUUGAGAAUACUGCAACAGUGCAGCUCGAUCAUCGAAUACUCGCUACUGCAUCACUAUGCGCUAUUGGUGGCUUGUGGUUGUAUACAAGGAAACUCGAUCUACAUCCUGCAAUACGGUCUUUGAUAGGAAGCACAAUGGGUAUGGCUGCCCUUCAGGUUACCUUGGGGGUUACAACUCUUCUAUCAUAUGUCCCUGUUUCACUAGGCUCUGCCCAUCAAGCUGGAGCUCUAACUCUUCUAACUUUUAUGAUUCUUCUCAACCACACUCUGCGUCGGCCUUCGUUGCAACUUCUCAAGACUCUCCCUUCUGUUGUGAAAGCACCCUAGAAGAUACUAUGACAGUGGCCACAUGUUUUCUACAGCUGAACUGUUAUCAGCAUGAAUAAGAUGAAUGGGUUUUUAGUGGUGUUAGCAAUGAAUUUUGAUUUGUUCAUUUUUUAUACCUCUAAACUAACCUGAUUGAUAUGAGUAAUAUCAAUAACUUUAAUGACCUUUGUCUGUAA